UGCAGCUUGUGCUCAGUCUGGGACUGAAAGCUCUUCAGAGCUCGUACAUCACCGGGACAUGGCACACGGGCUGAAGUUGCGCAGGGGGAUGAGGCUGCUGCUCACCCCGCCAAGUACAGCAACAAGACAGGACUAAGCUGGGCACCCACCUCUAUCCCACUCACACACACCAUGGCUCCUUGCCAGGCACUCAACAGCACCGGCACUUUCCCAGAAGUGGACAGCAAUGGCACCACCUGGCUCAGCCUGACCCAAAGGUGGAUGCUGGGGGCAGUUCUGUCCUUUAUGAUCAUGGUCAUUGUGUUUGGGAACAUGCUGGUCAUUAUCGCUAUAGCCAAGACCCCUCGGCUGCAGACCAUGACCAAUGUCUUCAUCACUUCCUUGGCUUGCGCUGAUCUCAUCAUGGGACUUCUUGUCGUGCCACCAGGUGCGACUAUUUUGGUAACUGGCGACUGGCUCUUUGAGACCACAGUGUGUGAGCUAUGGACUUCAGUGGAUGUUUUGUGUGUGACAGCCAGCAUAGAGACCCUGUGUGUGAUAGCAGUGGACAGAUAUAUCGCUAUCACCUCUCCUCUUAAGUAUGAGAUGCUAGUGACCAAGGUGAGGGCCCGCCUGACUGUGUGCCUUGUGUGGGCCAUCUCUGCCCUCAUCUCUUUCCUACCCAUCAUGAACCGCUGGUGGAGAGACACCCACAAUGAAGAAGCCAAGAGUUGCUACGACAACCCCAAGUGCUGCGACUUUGUCACCAACAUGCCCUAUGCCAUUGUCUCCUCCACCAUCUCCUUCUACGUGCCUCUGGUCAUCAUGAUCUUUGUUUACGUCAGGGUCUUCAUAGUGGCAACCAGGCAAGUCAGACUGAUAGAAAAGGACAAGGUAAGAUUCAAUGGGACACCAGUGCCCACCAAUAAAAGCAGGAGGGCUUCCAGGAGGCGACCAUCUGGACUACUAGCCAUCAAGGAGCAUAAAGCACUCAAGACUCUGGGCAUUAUCAUGGGCAUUUUCACCCUGUGCUGGUUGCCCUUCUUCGUGGCAAACAUCAUCAAAGUGUUUUGCAGGUCCUUUAUAGAUGACAAUGUGUUUCUCUUUUUGAACUGGUUGGGGUACAUCAACUCAGGACUGAACCCUAUCAUUUACUGCAGGAGCCCUGAUUUCAGGAGGGCAUUCAGGAAGCUCCUGCGUUGUCCAAGGACUGUUGACCGCAAGUUGCAUGCCCUUUCCAAGGACCUCAAUAGGUACCCCUAUACCUCUGGCACCCACUUGGACUGUGAUGGGAUCAAACAAGUACCUGAUGGACAGGAACCAGGUAACGGCAGCCUGAGCAGUAGCAGUAGGUGCAGCAGCAGAACGGAGGAAACCAGCCUGAAAAAUGGCAAUGCCAACUCCAACCAUAAACAGUGAUAGGGUUCACUCUCCUCAGGAGCCCCUCUCCUCCAUGGUGCACAGCAGCUGAACCAAGUAGUGGGUCAGUAUUUGUUGUUGUUGUUGUUGUGUGUCCAUGGAGUGACGGGACAUAGUGUCUCUUGUGCACAACCUCAGCAGAACAGCCUAGGCUCUGAAUAACAGGAACAAAUGAGUGCUGCUAUGAUAUGUACAGUAUUAAUUUGACUUGCUGGGGGGCUCGCAGCCUAGUCCUGCUCCGGAGGAAGUAGCGGACAGUAAAUAUUUAUGCACUUAUGCAGUCAACGUCGCCGAGACAGCCGUGCGUCAGGGAAAACUACUAGACAAAUUCAUGUUCAAAUAUUUUUAUAACUUGUAAGCCGCCCAAAGAAUAUGUCCAUGAAUAUUUUGUAAAUACCUUGUGUUACCUAUUUAUAUGAAUUGUAUAUACUAAUUGCACAUGACCACUAAUGCCAAAGGGGGCUCUCGGCUACUGAGCAAGAAACAAGGAAAAAAAAAAAAGAGUCUGGGUUCUAAAUCCGGAGGGCGCAGAUAGAUAACAAAUGAUAACUCUGAACAGCUUUCCAGUUAUUCUAUAUAUCCUCCAUUCCCUCUGGUUUUAAAUGAAUUUGUAAAUGCAAUUGCUGUUGAAAGUCUUUCCCUUACUGCACUGCUGGUUCUGACUCCUAAAACAAUGUCAGAAUGGGAAAAGAACAGAAAGAAACAGACAUAUACUGUUUUCAAUAGCAAUUGCAUACACAGAUGUCUUUAAAACCACUGGAAAUGUGCAAUAAAUGUAUAUUAGAAAGUUGCCUAGAAUUACAACUUCAUUCAUUAGGCAAAAGAUGUCUUUUUUGGGUUUACUUCCCCUUUAAAAUUAAAUUUAAUAUUCUAAGGCAUUCUGCAGUUUUUUUUUUUUAUUUAGUCCUUUUAAUAUUAUUCCAACAUGUAUGUGGUUGCUGGGGUCUCUGACCCUAAGUUACCAGCAUUUCUUGGGACUGCCAUUUAUAAAAAUGCUAAAAAUCCACCCCUGACUGUCUGUUUAUUUUCUUUUUUUGGGCAGCGUCACUGACCUUAGCAGCCAGGUUGCAUUUUUAAAUCCCAGACUGGAAAGUGUUUGAAUAGAUUCUGUUUGUAUUAUGUUUCAAGAAUGUAUAAAUAAAAAUCCAGCUCUCCGCGUGAUGCAGAACUACAAUUCCCAUGCCAUGCCAUUGGACAUCAGAGCAUUCUGGGAAUUGUAGUUUUGCCCUAGGUGGCCAGACUUAUCCAAUCAUUUGUGAUUCUAGUUGUGUUUGUACAAUACAAAUCAUAAUAUUACCUCUAAAUCUGAUAAGUGAGUGUCACACUGCUCUUAUUCAUAAUGUUUCUGAUGUUGGAAUUACUGUUAUUAGGGGUUACCAUAUAUUCUAUUCUUUCAUAGGAAUUUGUCAGUUUGGCUGCGCAGGACAUGUUUAUUUUUGAGACAAAUCAGUGUAUAUGAGCUGUACAAUUCUAAUGUAUAUUAGUAAGCAUACAGUAUGUAUAUACAGUACUAAUGUAUGGCAUUUAUUAUGGAAAGCAACAGUGUGUAUAAUAUUUUUAUACAGAAUUAAACACAGAUAUACAGAAUAUAUUUAUAUAAAAAUAUGCUCACCU